AAAGCAGCAUUCUCCCAGCAGAAUCCAUCCAGCUCGUGGCAGGAAAAUCCCUCCGCUGCUGGUGUGGGGCUGUUCACUAUAUCCCACGUGUGCAAUGUACUUGUUUUGCUGUCUGGGAGGGGAUGUCGAGCCAGAUUUCUGCAGUGGGCAGUGAGCAAGUGGUGUUUCUUCCUCUUCCUUUUUCUUCAUGUGCAUCCUAUGCACAGAAUGCUCCCAGGCAGGCUGCUUGGAUGCGACUGCUUGAAACUCUCUCUCUAGAACAGGAACAUAUGCGAAGCUUUUCCUUUCAUUUUCCUGCUCCGGUUUUCUUUUUUUACAGCUGGUAAAUACCUUCUCCUUACGCGUUACCUGGCUCAGAGGAAAAUCCAGAGCUGCUGCGAAUUACACUCAUCAGGGAAGAGGAAAAAAAAAAAAUAAUACAGAAAAACCCCUCUGGGAAAUGAUGAAUCAGUAAACAAGUAAAAGGCGAUUGUCAUCUGUGUGCGUCCUGCAGAGGGAAUUCCACGGCCCCACUGCAGUGAUAGAAGCCUUUCACCACCACGAUGCUGCACCAAAGGGCUCCUCCAGUGCUGGCAAUGGCUUUGCAGCCCAUCUCCCUCCUCUCCCUGGUGUUGGCGUGGGGCUGCGUGGCCUCUUCCUCCCCCUGGCAUACAGCAGUUGCUCCCCCCCUAGACCUUCAGAUCACCGAUCCUGGGCUCUUAGGUUCUCUCGAUAUAGAGUGGAAACCUCCACCCAACAUACAGACCUCCAAUGAAUGCACAGUGAAAUACAAGUGUGAAUACCGUAACACCGGCGACAGAGAAUGGAAGGUUAUUUUUACUAAGAAACUAAAACUCAGAGUUGGAUUUGACCUCAGCAGGACUGCUGAAGUGAAGGUCCAGACCCUGCUCAAAGGAUGGUGUACCAACGACGUGGAAGUUCAGAGUGAAUGGGUUUAUGCCACCUUUCGGGUCCCACUGCAAGGGAAACUGGAAUCUGAGGUUCAGAAUUUUCAUUGCGUCUAUCAUGACUGGGAAUACCUCAAGUGCACGUGGCAACCAGGUCUCCUUGCUCCUCGUGGUGUAAAUUAUGGACUAUACUAUUGGUAUGAGGGCCUGGAGCACGCAGUGCAGUGUGACAACUAUAUCCAGGAUCGUGGUAUAAACGUGGGCUGCAUGCUGCAAAACCUGAGCCAGGCAGAAUACAAAGACCUGAGCAUCUGUGUCAAUGGGUCUGUGGCAGCCACCUCACUGAGGCCUCUGUAUGCCACCCUGCGCCUUCACAACCUGGCCAAGCCCUCACCCCCCCAGCAGCUGGUGGUCUCCAUGUCUGCAGCUGAAGAGCUCCGCGUGGUGUGGAGCCCACCUGGUGGCCAAACACCCCCCCAGUGCCUGGAGUACGAGGUGCAGCUGGCAGAGGAGCAGAGGGAGGCCAAGGCUGCCUGGGCGUCCAUGUCCACUCAAGUGGAAACUGCUUUCACCAUCUCCAGAGCAAAUCAGAGCCGUGUUUCUUGUGUCCGUGUCAGAGGGAGAACAAACAGUUUCUGUGCUGAUGAGGGCUUCUGGAGUGAAUGGACACAGGAGUGCUUCUCUGUAAGCAGAAAAGAAGUCAAGCAGCUAUUUAUCCUCAUUCCAGUCAUCCUGGGGUUGUCAAGUAGCCUCUUCAUAUUUACAUUGAUUGGCCAAUGCAAGAAAAGAUCCCCAGCAGGAAAACCAUUGCACACGUUUCUGGGAUGCUAAGUGCACCCAUGGAUGCUGUGUUUGAUGGGCUGCUCUCACAUCAUCCCAAGGACAGCCAAGAAGCCUGGAGCUUUCUAGGCCAGCGUGGGUCUCCCCUGUGCUGUGUGAGGCUGGCAGUCACAAUCCAAUCCUCAACAGGCCCAGGAAAACAGGGGAGGAGCUGUAAACUGACUGGAGCAAACUGUUUCUAAUAACAAGGCAAAGGAGAAAAAGGAGGCGUGGAAAUUGUGAUGAAUAAAGAUAAAUAGAAUCCGCAGAGCAA